CAAUUCUGUUUUGACAUUUCCUCUUCCUCAAGUUUAUAUACAUCAUUGUACAUGUCAACAAUUAACUAGACUUGUAAUAUCAAGGAAAACAAGGGCUAAUUAAACCAUGUCCUCCUACCAAUGCACCAACUACCUAUAUUUUGUAUAAAUAGAAAAAGACGUGCACAAAUUUUCACUUGUUUCCUAGUACCUUCCUCUUCCUCCACGAGAUAAAUAAAAUAUACAAGACCCCACUAUUACUUUUCUCAUAUUCCUCAAAUUAAAUACCCCAUCUCAACCUCAUAACACAACAUUUUUCCAACAAACGAAAGAAAACAUCCCCUCUGUAAUUAGUUAUGGUUCCAACUCACCAAAGUGAUCUACCUCUUAAUGAGAACGACUCACAAGAGAUGGUAUUAUACGAAGUCCUCAAUGAAGCUAAUAACCUCCACAUCCCAUAUUUGCCUCAAAGAAACCAAUUGAUACCUAGAAAUAAUCAUAUCCUUCGUCCAUCACAAACCAUAGGCAAGAAAUACAGAGGCGUUCGACGUCGCCCGUGGGGGAAAUACGCAGCUGAAAUUCGAGAUUCCGCUCGACAUGGUGCGAGAGUAUGGCUAGGCACGUUUGAAACGGCCGAAGAAGCUGCUUUGGCUUAUGAUAGAGCGGCUUUUAGAAUGCGUGGUGCUAAGGCACUACUUAAUUUCCCAUCUGAAAUAGUCACAUCAUCUGUUUCAGUAGAUAAAUUAAGUUUGUGCUCAAACAGUUACACUACUAAUAGUUCAAAUUCGAAUUCAAAUGAAGUUUCAAGUGGAGAGAAUGUAUUUAAAUCAAGAAUUUCAAAUCAGUUUUCUCAAGACGUUAAGACAGAAUUGUGCAUGGAGAAUUUCUUGGCGCUCUGAAUAAAUUGCUCGAUCCAUGUUAAAUUAUUGUUCUAGGAGGUUACAGUGUGUUGACACAUCAAGCAUAAUUUAGAUGUGUUAGAAUAUAUCUGUUAGAUAUAUCAAUCUAUUCUGGGUUUUACUUUUACAUUAUAUGCAUGCUUGUAUUUCCUUUUAUUUUCUUCUUGAAUAGUUUGUAGCGAUGCACGCUAUAAUCAUGUGUAAAAAGAUUGCUUAGGAUAAUUAGCACGUUUAUAAAUUGUAAUAUACACAUUCUAUUUUCUA